AUGCAGGUUCAACAAGCUAUUGUCACGAGUGAAACAAAUUAUUCAAUCCGAACAUACAUUCUCCUGUCACUAAAUUUAGUUGGGGCAGCUAUUUGCCUAAGUAUUAACAUUGUACUAACUCUAACAGCUAUGGGUAUAAUAUUCAAGGAAGAAAACAGAGCUCCGGUGGUGACAAGAUUUAUUGCAAGUGUUUUUGAAGGAACUUUCUUUAUUAAUAAAUCUUUAACCGCAAACAUUUUAUCAUUUCCAUUCUAG